UGAACACAGAUCUGUUUACAAACUGAAACUGUGCGGCCAGGAAAGACGCAGGAGCCUUUCUGGAGAAUAUCACUAGCUGGCCUCACUAGAACACAUCUUUAACCCCAGCUGCUUGCGUUUUGGCUCGGAUAUUUGUUGAAUGAGCUAAGGGACUAUUCAUUUUUUUGUCCACUUUCUUGAUGGAAGGUUUGAGAGAGCAGAUGGUUUUAGGUGGAGAGAAAAAAUACUCCCCCACACUGGCGCACACAUAAACACUCCAGUGGCUCGACGGUGGUUCCAAACGGCUUGCUGUUCGAUAAAGGAACAUACCUCAAAAAACGAGACGGAUCGAGAGCGACGUCAACGAGGAAGAGCUAGACAAAUCGACUGAGAGACAUGCCAAAGUCUUCCGCAAUAAGGGUUUGAGGGAAGACAAAGGCUGUAGAUGGAGUCUUGUAUCAGUUUGGAUGUUUAGUGCUCGCUAAACCACCAUACACAGGGAUUAUUAUUAAGGAAUUGGUUAACUUUCGUGUAUGACAACACAAAGAAGACCACAGCUGAAGUGCCAUUCAGCCACAUAUGGACUGGUUCUCAUAGACAAGACGAAUAUCAAGGGCACAUUAUGCUCCCUUUGUCUGUGUAACAAAGCACCUUGUGCAUAUUCACAUCUGCGGAGCUAAAGAGUGAUUGAAAUCUUUUGUUCUUCGAUGCUGACAUCAUUAAAGUGGGAUGAAUGGAGGAAUGAUUGAAGGAUAAUCAAGACAGCACACCCUGUCAUUUGAAGAGCUGGUCUUUAGACCCGUCUGACCUACGGGAACAACUUCGGGAAUAAAUCAAGCUGGAAUCAAGCUUUCGGUUGUGUCCUCCUCCAGCCCCCGCAUUGCCUGCUUCAGACCAUCAGCGAGUUUGCAGCCGCAGUGCUUGGACUCAGAUUACAUGCAACCAUUCCAAUGGUGUAACGGCUGCCUCUGUGGUCUAGGGCUGCAGCAUUCAGACUGUGAUAUGUCAGAGGAAGACAUCUACCGUCUGCCGCUCAAUGUCUACGUCAUUGUACUGGGCAUAGGCAUGUUCAUCUUCAUGCUCAGUGUAAUCUUCUGCUGCUAUCUGUUAAGGUUGAAACAGCAAGGUACAAGGGAGCAGUACAGCUACAAUGAGGUGGUGUUGAAAGGCGCAGGAAAGAAGCUAAGCCUGCUGGGACAGCCCUGUGCCGUGUGUCUAGAGGAAUUCAAGACCAGAGAUGAGCUGGGCGUGUGCCCGUGUUCACACACCUUCCAUAAGAAGUGA